AUGGCGGCUACGAAAGCUCUGGGAUUUGGUAUACCGACGGGCCUAUCAAUCGACCCGUCGUUGAACCGUCGCGGAGGAGUAAAAGUUUGCGUCGUCCGGUGUUCCGUUUCUCCAUUCACCUCCUUAAGCACUGCAUCUGGUGUUAUGGAGAAGCCAUGGAGCACACACAACGCGAGGCUUGUGUUGGAAGACGGCUCCGUAUGGUCGGCUAAGUCCUUUGGUGCUUCUGGAACCCGUGUUGCUGAAUUGGUGUUUAACACCUCUUUGACAGGGUAUCAAGAGAUUCUGACAGAUCCUAGUUACGCCGGGCAAUUUGUGCUGAUGACAAAUCCACAAAUCGGUAACACUGGGGUGAAUCCCGAUGAUGAAGAAUCAAGACAAUGCUUUCUCGCUGGUUUGGUUAUAAGAAAUCUUAGCAUCAGCACCUCAAACUGGAGAUGCACAAAGACACUUGGUGACUAUCUAUCAGAGAGGAACAUUAUGGGAAUUUAUGAUCUUGACACAAGGGCAAUAACUCGCCGAUUAAGAGAAAACGGUCUUGAUCUAAUCAGCGAUGUUUCAUGCAAAUCUCCUUACCAAUGGUUUGAGAAAACAAAUCCAGAUUGGGAUUUCAACACAACUUCACAUCACAAUGAAUCAUCCUACAGAGUUAUCGCAUAUGAUUUCGGGAUCAAGCAAAACAUCCUAAGACGCUUGGCGUCAUACGGCUGCGAAAUCAUCGUUGUCCCAUCGACGUGGCCAGCUUCUGAGGCGCUUAAAAUGAAACCAGACGGGAUUCUGUUCAGCAACGGUCCAGGAGAUCCUUCUGCGGUGCCUUAUGCGGUUGAGACGGUUAAAGAGCUUCUUGGAAAAGUUCCUGUCUAUGGAAUCUGCAUGGGUCAUCAGUUGCUUGGACAAGCUCUUGGUGGUGAAACCUUCAAGAUGAAGUUUGGUCACCAUGGAGGAAACCAUCCUGUUCGUAACAACACAACUGGCCGUGUUGAGAUCAGUGCUCAGAACCAUAACUAUGCAGUAGACCCAGCUACACUUCCCGGAGGCGUGGAAGUGACUCACGUUAAUCUCAACGACGGAAGCUGCGCCGGUCUAUCUUAUCCGGCGAUGAAUGUCAUGUCUCUUCAGUAUCACCCUGAGGCUUCUCCUGGACCUCACGACUCGGAUAAUGCGUUCGGAGACUUCGUAGAGCUUAUGAAAAGAUAUAAACUGUGA